GGACGCCAAGGUGGCGAGCAAAACAAUAGAGGCGUAGGGCAACAGCUUUCCUUUCGCAACGGCAGAGAGCAGCUUUCAGUGGAUAACCGGCAAGGUGUGAACUCUAGCAGAGAAAGAGGACGUGGUGUCAGCUUCACAGUGACACAAUGGCUGCUGACAACUUGUUCCCAAAAUCUAAGAGUUGGGUGUGGAACGAGUACCGCGGGGAGCUGGUCAAGAUAAGACAAGAUGGGCGCCCGGCCAGUCCUUCGGCCUCGUCCUCCACCUCCAGGCGCCUCUCACCGCAGCCUGGCCAGAAGCAUCCCAGCAGGGAGGCGGCAGCGUCGAAGCGAUUUGUGGAGGCACAGUACGGGCGACUGGACAUUGGCGAGUGGGAGUGUGACGCGGAGUCCCCGGUCACCUUCCAAGACUGUGUCAAGGUCGCCCUCCACCUGCAGGCUCUGGAAACACCCAUCUCCAAGCUGUUCCUCGAGGUGGUCAAGUUGGAGAAGGUACAGAAUCUACUCCGUGGCCUAGUGGAGUACUUCGCAGAGCUGUUCGUACAGGCAGACUUAGUGCAGGCCAUCGUGCCCCCCGCAGUGGCCAACCAGCGCCUCUUGCAGCAGCGGUGGGAGCGGCAUCUCACCCAAGUGCUGCACCCCCUCUCGGCCACCUAUGUGCAGCUCAUCCUCGGCCACGGCCUCAACCACCUCCACCACAUGAAGCGUGGCCGCAGCCUGCAAAGCCUCGGGGUGCGAGACAACCAGAUCUUUGAGCGGCUCUACGAGCUGGCCGAGCUGCUUGUGUGGGUCACCUUUCGACGCAGGGACAGACCCGUCAUCCACGCCGAGGUCACCAGACUCUUCCGCGGAGCCCACCACAACCACCAGCAGCACCACCAACAACAGGGCGACGAUGUAGCUAAUGACCCCUCCUUCACCGCUCCCCCUACCCACGCCGUCCCCACCGCCAGUAGGAGGAGAGCCAAGAGGGGCCCGCCGUUGUCAGCUGUAGUGCACGAGAGCUGUGGGUUACUGCUGCGUCAGGUGCCGGCCCUCAGCCUUACCUCUUCCAUCAGUGUCCUCGGUGGAGACGCCCUUAGCUCCCUCACCUAUGUCUCAGAGUCUGAGGGCGUGCGUGGGCGUGGGCUGUGGGUGCUAGGGGCGAGGCGGGCGGACCUCAACGAAUACCUGGAACCUGCUGCUGAAGAAGGGGACCAACUCAGCCUUCUGGAUUAGCACCUCCUUCGUCAGUGUGCCUCAUCAUCAUCAUCAUCAUCAUCAUCACAGUCAUGAUUGUGAGUAUUGAGGGCCAGGCGCGGUCGAGGCAAGCAAGGCAAGCAAGGCAAGCAGGGACUCCUCCAAGCACAAUGAGAGCCUCUUGUGGGUGCCCGCUGGCUGACCCCCCUCCCGCCUGACGUCACUCCCCUCUGGCGUGAGAUCGUGCGUCCCGUCAUGUCCUCCUUCCUUCUUUCCUGGUGAUCUAGUGUCUCUCUCUCUCUCUCUCUCUCUCUCUCUCUCUCUCUCUCUC